CUGUGACUCGUAGAAUUUCCAAGGCACUUUUGCAGUUUUGUGCACCUCUGAUGAAGUCAACAGAGUUAGUUUGUGCCGUUGUUGCUCUUUGAUGACAAUUACCAAGGAAAGAUAGAUGCUCAGCAUGGGCUCUAUUCAAGAUCUCCCUGUUGAGGAAUCUUGUGUGAGGAAGAUGUCCCUUCACCCCUCGGACAAUGGUUGUACAGAUGGAAGCCUGCGACGGUCGUUCAAGAUUGCCAACUUGGCAUCGCAACAUGAACACACCCCGACUGGCAUGAAGGAGGAAUUUGUGCUCCUCUCAUGGCUUCUAGUGCUUUAUCGCACUUGCGAGCGAGAUCAGGUCCAGUGUCAAUGGGCCUACGGACCACAACCCAAUUAUCUUGAGAACAAGCAACCAAUUCAGAAUCUCUCAUUGGACGGUUUCAUGAAAGAUUCUCCGAGUAAUGUUCGACAAACUACAUCGGCAAUCUCCCACUAUCUGACGAGCAUUCCACGGCCUGUAAAUGCGGCUGACCAUACGUCGCUCAUUCUGAGUACAGGGUCCCUCGAAGACACGUCUCAAGAUGUCGAAGAGGGAAUACUUCACCUUGAAGUAGUUUUCAAGGGUGAACAAGUCGACAUCGUGCCUGUGUGGCAGUCUGAAAACAUGCUCCAAUACACGAUUACCCGACACAUCGAAACAUUGGUUGAUACCAUGCGAUUGUGUCUCGUAAAUGCUGAAGCGACGAUAGAGGACUGCAUACAACCCACAGACCAUGAUAUGCAAGCAAUAUGGAAGCUGAACCAUUCGCUCCCACCUUUGCACCAGUUUUGCAUGCACGAUCUCAUUUCAAACCGAGCCCAGCAAUGCCCUGACAAAGUGGCAAUAUGUUCUUGGGAUGGUGAUCUGACCUACACGCAGAUCGACCUCUAUUCCACAAUCGUUGCUCACGCCCUAAGUGACAUGGGUGUCAAGCUGCAUGAUGUCUUGCCAAUCUGUUUCGAGAAAUCGAGAUGGACAAUCGUGGCUGUAUUAGCGGCGAUGAAGGCUGGUGCCACUUUUGUGCUCUUGGAUCCGACAUUACCUCUUGCACGCCUACAAAACACCUCAGCCCAAGUCGGUGCUAAAUACAUAUUGGCAUCUCGUCAGCAACAAGAUCUAUCAAAGUCAAUUCUACCCGACGGAAGUCUUCUUGUUGUCGAUAGUCUGACAUUUGAGGAUUCAAUUAUUGUUGAGGGUAGGCCUGAACUUCCACUUGUUCCGCCAUCUGCAUUGAUGUAUAUCAUUUUCACUUCAGGAAGCACCGGAGUUCCAAAGGGGGUCAUGAUCUCACAUGAAACUUACACAAGCAGUGCCAUCCCCCGAGCCGAAGCGGUUGGCUACAAGGAGCACUCCAGAGUCCUCGACUUCGCAUCGUACGCCUUCGACGUCAGCAUCGACAGCAUGCUCUGCACCGUAUCUCAAGGCGGUUGCCUCUGCAUUCCAUCCGAUGAGGAAAGGAUGAAUGAUAUCAAUGGGGUUAUGCGAAAGAUGAAUGUCAACUAUGCAGGUUUAACACCUUCUGUGGGCCGAAUAUUGGAUGCAGAUGUGAUAGAGUCACUCGAUAUGCUAGGUCUAGGGGGUGAAGCGGUGACUGCCAGAGAUGUCACACGUUGGGGAAAAGUUACUAGAAUCGUGAUUGGUUACGGACCGUGUGAAUGCACGAUCGGCUGUACGGUCAACAGCAGCGCAGCCACUGGCAGAGAUUACAUCUCGAUUGGUGGUGGUACCGGUGCUGUGAUGUGGAUUGUUGACCCAAAUGAUCACGAAAAGUUGUUGCCGGUUGGAGCAACUGGCGAACUACUAGUGGAAGGCCCAAUCGUGGGACAAGGGUACCUGAAUGACCCUGACAAAACCGCAGCUGCUUUCAUCGAAGACCCAGCAUGGCUUGUGUCAGGCUACAAGUCCUACAACGGUCGGCAUGGGCGGCUUUACAAGACUGGAGAUCUUGGAAAAUACGACCCUGAUGGUUCUGGAGGCAUUGUCUUUGUUGGACGAAAAGACACUCAGGUCAAGCUGCGUGGACAGCGUGUUGAACUCGGAGAGAUCGAAUACCAGCUCAGCCUGAUUCUUCCACCUGCUACAAAUGUUAUCGCAGAGGUCGUCAAGCCCAACGGGUCUGAAGGUCAAGCAACAUUAGUUGCCUUUGUUGCACCGCAUGCUCCAAGUAAGAAUAAUGUCGACCUGAAACUAGUCCAACCCAACGAUGAGCUCCGCAACGCACUCUCCAAGGCUGAUGAUGGAUUGUCGAAGGUCCUGCCGCGGUAUAUGGUUCCGACGACAUACGUCCCUGUCAAUCACAUUCCCGUUCUGAUAUCAGGAAAAACUGAUCGAAAGAACCUUCGACAAUUUGGUGCCACUUUGGAUCUACGUCAGCUAUGCCACCCGUCAUCGAGCGAUACCAAUCGCGAUCUGAAUGAUCUUGAGGAACGCUUGCGUCUGGCAUGGAGUCAGACUCUCAAAGUCGAAGCAAUAUCGAUACAACUAGAAGACAACUUCUUCGCGCUGGGCGGCGACUCUCUCGCAGCGAUGAAGUUGGUAUCGGUUGGCAGAGUCAAUGGUCUUGAUCUCACCGUUUCAAAUGUUUUCCUCCAUCCGAAGCUUUCCUCAAUGGCUAAAGUCACCAGUCUCAGCAAGUCACAAGAAUUGCACGACACGCAGGCAUUCUCCAUGGUUUCCCAGCCAGUAGGAAAAGCUCGGUCAGAAGCAGCGUGUGCUUGUGAUUCAGAGCCAUCAGCCAUUGAGGAUAUCUAUCCUUGCACACCCACUCAAGAAGGAUUGUUCACAUUCUCUUUGAAAUCAUCUACGCCGUAUGUAGCUCAGAGAGUUGCUUGCAUACCGGAUGAAAUUGAUGUCAACGCAUGGAAAAAAGCCUGGGAUGAAGUAGUCCAAAGAAGCCCUAUUUUACGCACUCGUCUAAUACAAUCGACAGAGCCUGGUUUGUGGCAGGUAGUUCUUAAAGAGAACAUUACCUGGAGACAAUCUGAUAAUUUAUCACAGUAUCUCAAUACUGACAAGAAAGAAAAGAUGGAUCUCGGGAAAAGUUUGGCGCGUUAUGCCAUCGUGACUGGUGCAGAGGCAGGCAGAAACUAUAUGGUUUGGACGAUUCAUCACGUUGUGUACGACGGAUGGUCAGAACCAUUGAUACUCGAGAAGGUUAGCAAAGCUUUACAGCAUCAAUUUGUGGAUUCCCAACCACAGAUACGGGACAUGGUCCGGCAUCUUCAGGAUAUCAAUCCCACCGAGAUUCAGAAUUUCUGGCGCGGCGAAUUGCAAGGUGCUGUCGGACCUCAUUUUCCCUGGGCGCCUUCACGAGAUUUUCUCCCGACAGCCGAUGCAAUACUUGAACAUCGGAUUCAGGUCGGCCUGAGUGGCGGGUCAUGCUUUACAUUAGCAACGAUUAUUCGUGCUGCAUGGGCUCUCGUUACGUCGCAGUAUACGAGCAGUAACGACGUCAUAUUCAUUGAGACGCUGACAGGAAGGGACAUUGCUCUGGCUGGUGUCGAGGAGAUAGAAGGCCCUCUGAUUGCCACGAUACCUGUUCGUAUACGGAUUGAUAGAAGGGCCACAGUGGAGGCAUACCUGCAGGCAGUCCAGGAGGGUAUGCUCAACCGUUCACCUUUCCAGCAUUUUGGAGUGCAGAAUAUCAGGAAAGUCAGCGAUGACGCUCAAUAUGCCUGCGAAGCGCGGACGGGUCUCGUUAUUCAGCCCGAACCCGAGUACACGACGGCCGCUCUCGGCUUUGAACAAGGAGAUGUGGUCAGAGAAGCACUUCACUUCAACCCAUACCCACUCAUGCUGGGUUGUGGCAUCCAGAAAGGUGGCUUCAGAAUUUGUGCCAGCUUCGAUAGCAGCCUGAUUAGUGCUGCCCAGAUGGAAAGGAUGUUUGCACAAUUGGAAACGGCGUGUAAAAGUCUUACCGAGAGCCUGUCUUGUCGAUUGGAUCAGAUAUCCAUUAUUCCUGAGGCAGAACUUGACCAGAUCUGGUACGAAAACCGUCUCGCACCGAUGUCUUGGGAUAAAUCCUCGAACAAGGUUAUAGCGAAACCAGAUAUCGAGCCAGAUUCAAUAUACCCGCCAGCAGUCGUUCCCUGGGUGUGCAAUGUCUGGAACCCUUCCUUGUUAUCGCCCAUCGGAUGUGCGGGCGAGCUUUGGCUGGAAGGGAAUUUUCUCCCAGGUGAAACAGUCGAGUCCCCACCUUGGCUUACCGCCGGGAGCACCAAGUAUGCAGGUCGAAAGGGCAAGGUGCAGGCCACAGGUGACAUAGUCCGACACGACAACGGCACUCUCGUGUUUGUUGGACGGAAGGAAGAUAUUGCCUCGUCAAAUAAUCUCGCGGUGAAUCUCUCCGAAGUCGAGGCUCAUUUACGCAAGCGGCUACCGCAAGGCUAUCAUGCUGCAACUGCUCUACUUCAGAAAGCGUCUGAGCAGGAAGUAAUUGCGCUCAUAGAGUCAACGCAGCCCACUCAUGAUGCCAGCGUGCAGCUCAUGUUUGCAAAUCUCAGGGUUACGUCUCAAGAACUGGAGCUGACACUAUGUGCAAAGAUAUCUGCAGGCCUUGCUGUGAUCUUGAAAGAACUCAAACAGUCGCUCUGCGAUGCCCUUCCACCAUAUAUGGUACCUACAGCCUAUGUUGUGGUCGACAAGAUCCCCUCGGAGCUUGACAGUGCAGGUCGCUCUGCGUUGAGCAAACUGGUCUCGAAAAUACCCCAAAAUAUUGUUGCGAGUUUACAGGAAAGCCUUAAGAACGAAUGGGCAAGGAUUUCGGGACAAAGAAACUUGACCGAGACCGAAAGGAUCUUGCGGUCAUCCUGGGCGACUAUCUUAAGACUCGACUCAGACAAGAUUGAUCUGGACGAUAAUUUUUUCCGUCUAGGCGGAGACUCGGUCCUUGCAAUGAAACUUGUCUCCGAAGUUCGCCUACAAGGAUACAGCUUGACAGUCGCGGACAUUUUCCAGAACAUGCGUCUGCGCGAUGCUGCAAAAGUCUUGAAAGUUCUGAAAAUGCAAAAGGACCAACUCCAGCCCUAUAAGCCUUUCUUGACACUAAAGAACUUGAGCGUCGGUUCUUUCCUUCUAAAAGAGGUCAGGCCAAGAUUAAGCAACCCUAAGUGGUCUAUCAGAGAUGUGUUGCCCGCCACAAGCUCACAAGCUCUGGAUAUCAAGUCAACGAUCCAAGCACCACGGACAUCUGUCCAAUAUACCAUGCUGUACUUGGGCAAGUGGGUGGAACAACAACGGCUGAUGCGUGCCUGUGACGAAUUGAUCAGGUCUCAUGAGAUUCUACGCACGGUAUUCAUCAAGCACGAGACAUCCUUUUAUCAGGUCAUCGUGGACGACUUCGAGACGCCUUGGGACAUACAAAGUACAACGGAGAAUCUUGAGCAAUGUGUGAUCAAUUUGUGCAACCAAGAUAUUGAGUCAGACGCUUUCUCCCUGGGAUCAUCUUUUCUGAAAACCUUCUACGUUCAAGGAAGUGAGGGCAAGGCAUGCUUCAUUCUUCGACUGUCCCAUGCCCAAUUCGAUGGAGUGUCUCUUCCAUUGAUGCUUCGGGACUUGGAAACACUGUAUAUUGGGAAUGAGAAGCCCGUCACCAAGCCAUUUACUUCAUACGUGGCAAGAACGUACGACGAAGCGCUUCGACGAGCCGCCACUGAUUAUUGGCGUGGUUUCCUAGAGGGCUCUUCAUUGUCCAUGUUGGAUUAUGGGCCCGUCGAAUCAACCGAUAAAGCAUUGUUCUUGACCUCGCCCGUCGACAUAUCACAGCGACCGGAAGAGACGACUGUGGCAAGCUUGCUCGUUGCAGCUUGGGCUCUUGUCUUGGCGCGUCGUCUGCAGACUUUGGACGUUACUUUCGGCAACGUUACCUCUGGGCGUCUCCUCGACCUUGAAAACGCGGAUCAAAUCAUGGGACCGUGCUACCAAUUCACGCCAGUCCGAGUCACAUUCGAGAAGUCGUGGGCAGCGGAUGACCUUUUGCAGUUCGUGCAAAUGCAAAUGGCAAAGUCUUCGGUCCAUGAGUUUUUAGGUUUCGAGGAAAUUUCGAAGAACUGUACCUCGUGGCCAGCAUCGUCCGCGUUCUUUGAUUCCAUCGUGCACCAUCAAGACUGGGAGGACUUUGAUACCAUGCCUUUCGCCGGAGGUGUGUGCGGUGUGGAUAUCAAGAAUCCGCACGGCGACUCGGUCUAUCCUUUUAAAGUCGUGUCACUUGUUCGCGACGGUCAGACACACGUCGGUGUUGUAGGAAGCGAAAGAAACUCCAAGGCUGUACAGGGAAUGCUUGAUGAUCUGGUCAAGGCCGUGACCACUCUAGCAGAUCCAAGCGAGAAGAAUAGUUUAGUGUCGGUAUAGUAAGAUGGCGUAAUUACUGCUGCAUUUUCUGAGCCUUUAUUUUAUUGGUUUCAUAUAAUUGAAUAUGCUGGGAAUUAAGAAAAAAAAAGUCU